CGCUUCACGUCCUUCUUCUUUCUAUCCACACACACGCAAACACAAAAGUCACAAACUCUUUUUCUUCCUUUCACACGCCAACGUGAUACCCACUCUUGAUUUCAUUACACCGUUUAAGAACCCACCCCCCCACACACACUCACUCGCUCCCUCGGAAUCCCAAUGGCGGAGAACGGUGAAGGCGGCGAGGAGUACCUGUUCAAGAUAGUGCUGAUUGGGGACUCCGCGGUGGGGAAGUCCAACCUCCUCUCGCGGUUCGCGCGGAACGAGUUCGAUAGCAACUCCAAGGCCACCAUUGGGGUCGAGUUCCAGACGCAGCUCGUCGAGAUCGACGGCAAAGAGAUCAAGGCGCAGAUCUGGGACACUGCGGGACAAGAGAGGUUUCGAGCUGUCACCUCUGCUUACUACAGAGGCGCUGUUGGUGCGCUCGUUGUUUACGAUAUCAGCAGGAGGGGCACCUUCGACAGCAUCAAGCGAUGGCUCCAAGAACUCACUACUCAAAAUGAUAGCACCGUAGCAAGAAUGUUGGUGGGAAAUAAAUGUGACUUGGAGAAUAUUAGAGAGGUGAGCACAGAAGAGGGCAAAAGUCUUGCAGAAGAAGAAGGUUUGUUCUUUAUGGAGACAUCUGCACUCGAUGCUACCAAUGUCCAAACAGCUUUUGAGAUUGUUAUCCGCGAAAUUUACAACAACAUCAGCCGUAAAGUCUUGAACUCUGACUCUUAUAAGGCUGAGUUGUCUGUGAAUCGAGUAAGCCUAGUUAAUGGUGCAGGAUCAAAGCAAGGUCCUUCUUGUUGUUCUCGAUGAGCUUAUACCUAAACUCAGAUUGGAUACUUCUUUGGAUCUUUCAAGAGUAAAUUUUUGUUUUUUACUCUCUAUCUUCCCAUGUUUUGACGGUUACUAUUUUUUUUGUUUUCUUUUUUAUUUCAACCUCUAAAUUGUAAGGGCUUGGGACCCUUAUUUCACCUUUCUUGGAAAAGAAAAAGAAAGGGGAGAUGGUUUAGACUCUUGCAUGAAUGUUUAGUAGUAUGUUCCAUUAUCACGUA